ACUGCUUUUUGUCUCCUCGCUGUUGUGGUGUAUUGCCAGACAGGAUUACGCUCCCCUCUACGAUUGCUGUUUCGUCCUCUGGGCCGAUCAAGAUGGUGUCUCGAGGCAUGUGUUUGAACUGCAAUAUGGCAGGUCACUUUGCUAGAGACUGUCCAUAUCGGCAACCUUCUUUUUCUCAACAGCCUAAUGGGUUCCGUUCCCCGUCUUUCCUCCCUCUACCACCUCCGUCCAUCCACUCGACCCCUGGUUCUUCGCAAGCCCCCCUUCUUGCUCUCCCCCCUCCUUCGCCUCCUUCGGUCUCACAGUCGAGUAAUGGGAAUUCGAAUCAGGCGAUCGUCCCAACGCAUCCCUUGUGGAAGCUUAACCAGGAUAAACUGGACCGUGUGUAUGAAUUCAUGGCCUCUGAACUGGAGGCUCGACAAGAGGCUAUUCGCGAGAAGGAGAAGCUUCUCAAGGAAGAAGAGGAGAGGACGAAGGUCAAGGAAGCAGAAGAGAAGGCUCUCAGGAAAUUGAAGGAACGACAGGAUUUCCAGGAACGAAUUAGUAACACUGUGGGUAGCAAGAUCAACGACGCAUGCGAGCUGUUCCUAGGGAAGUCGGAUACAGCCUUAGCAGCUGGCGAAAGGAGGGGAUCAAGGGAACAGGCCAGAACGAGGACUGAUAACGAUGCUGAGGAGCGCCUGCAGAAGCAAAUUGAGCAGCUGCGCAUGGAUAACGAGGCUAUCAGGAAGCACAUGGAGGAGUUGGCACGAGCUAUCAAACUCUCAACGGCGGGCGCCAAGAGACCAAGUGGAGGGGUCUGUAUCGCAAGCCCACCGGAAGCCCCUCCUCGGGGCAGACCGAGAGUAAUGGGAGUUGGCACACCAACCUCGCAAGACUUCCAGAAGCUGCUGAAGGCUUACAACCAGGUCAAGGAGGGUAAGAGAACAGCUGACCUCGAGGUGCAGGCGCUCAAGGAACGUUUUGAGCGAGCCAUUGAUAAGCUCGUCAGGCAAGAACAAACUCCUCACUCGAACUUUAGCAGACGAAUGAACGAUGCCACGGAUGAUGACGAACUUGAGCAGCAGGAUAGGCAAGAUGAGGCACUGGACAAUCUUAUAUUGCGCCCGUCCCCACCGAAGAGAACGUCCGGGCGUCUGGCGAUGAAGGCUGCUAUGGCUGAGAGAGCCGAUUUCCUAAAGGAAACGAGGAAGCACCUCAAAAGGCUGAAGAAGCAGGGUCUACAACUGCUCUGCAAUAGGGAGGGAAUCACCUUUGUCACGUGCGAUCAGGCGAUCAACGACAUAGCUGAACAUUGGGCAUCGCUGGCAUUUGGGCCCCUCUAGGAGAACGCAGAACAGUCCCCAAGU